AUGGCUCCCAACCUCGGCUCCGACCUCGCCUCGCAGCUCCCCUCCAAGCCGCAGCACGGAGAGGUCGACGUCGAGGCGGCGGCCCACGACGGGGCGGCCGGGCGCGUCGGCUACCUGGCCCGCGCGCAGUGGCUCCGCGCCGCCGUCCUCGGCGCCAACGACGGGCUCGUCUCCGUGGCGUCCCUCAUGAUCGGCGUGGGCGCCGUGAACGGCGGCGCGCGGGCGAUGCUGGUGUCGGGCCUGGCGGGGCUCGUGGCCGGCGCUUGCAGCAUGGCCAUCGGCGAGUUCGUGUCCGUGUACGCGCAGUACGACAUCCAGGUGGCGCACUCGGAGCGCGCCCGGGCCUGCAGCGACGGCGGCGGCAGCAGCAGCGAGGAAGCCGAGGAGGGCCUGCCGAGCCCGGCGCAGGCCGCGGCCGCGUCGGCGCUGGCGUUCGCGGCGGGCGCCGCGCUGCCGCUGCUGUCGGGCGGGUUCCUCCGGCACAGGGCGGCCAGGGUCGCGGCGGUGUGCGCUUCCAGCAGCCUCGGCCUGGCCGGGUUCGGCGCCGCGGGCGCGUACCUGGGUGGCGCCAGCCCGGUCCGCUCCGGGGCCCGCGUGCUCCUGGGAGGGUGGCUCGCCAUGGCCGUCACCUUCGCGGUGCUCAAGAUGUUCAGCCUGGCGUUCAAGACGCAGGUCAUGUCCGCCGCGUAAAUCAAUCGUGUCCGUGUCAGUAAAUAAAGCGAUCCGUAUGUCGACGAUGGGCACGUUCGGGGUUUGGUCUGGUACGGCCCCGUCACGCCCUUGCAAUACAUCGUUAGAUGCUAGUAGAAAACUUGUGGUGGUAACUUGUUGCAUUGUCCAUGGUCUGACUUGGGACAUGUAGUUGGCAAGCUGCA